CUUUCCAUCCAUCCCAGUUCCCAAAUUGUUCGAUCUUUAACCCCAACCAUUGAAUUCAACCUUUCUCACAUUUACUUCUCCUCAAACACUCAUCCCGUUUUGCCUACUACGGCAAUCCUCCUCUGCAUUCCUUAUUUGGUGAAAUUUGUUUCACAAAGGUACGUGACCUAGGGUGCCUAUAGGAGUGGGGUAAGUUUGCCAGUAAGAUGAUUAGUAGUUGCAAUCUAGAUCCUGAUGUUGUUCGCUGGGGCCUCCAUCAUCUGGACGUUUGUACUCUUACGAAUGCUGGUUCUCAUGGUAAUGUUACUAAGUAUGAGGCAGACACUAGUCAAGUUGGGUAUGUUUAUGAAGGUUACCAUGAACCAACAUAUAUAAAUGUGGAAAAUGAUGCGGUUAUUGCACGGGCUUUUCAAGAAGAAUUAACACGGGUUGCUGCAGCAGAAGCAUCUGGAGUUCCAAAUCCUGUUCAAGCAUCUGUUAUUGCACAGGAUUGGGUUGAUGCACCAAAACGAUAUCCUAGUGAUGGGUGUGAACAUGGAUCAGAAACAGCAGUUGAUGCUCACAAAAAUGAAAAAGAGACAGACUUUGAUAAAGAGGGAAAUUUUGGCACAGAAAAAAAUGAUGAGGGCAAAAAUUCUGUGACAGGAGAGAGCUCAUUUAUUGAGGAAGACCUGUUGCAUUCUCUGGUUAUAACAGAUGACGCUUCCACAAUUGAUGGUGAAGUUGGGAAGAGAUUGAACCUCAUGGUUCCUGUUCCUCAUGUUCCUAAAAUUAAUGGAGACAUACCUUCGGCUGAAGAAGAGGGGUCUGAUCAUCAAAGGCUUCUUGAUAGAUUACAGUUGUAUGAUCUCAUUGAGAAUAAGGUUCAAGGAGAUGGAAAUUGUCAGUUUCGGUCGUUAUCAGAUCAACUUUAUCGUUCUCCCGAGCACCAUAAGUUUGUAAGACAACAGAUUGUUAACCAGCUCAAGGCCCAUCCAGAAAUGUAUGGGGGUUAUGUUCCUAUGAGUUAUGGUGACUAUUUGAAGAAAAUGAGCAAGAGUGGUGAAUGGGGUGACCAUGUCACAUUGCAGGCAGCUGCAGAUUGGUAUGGCGUUAAGAUAUUUGUGAUUACUUCCUUUAAGGAUACUUGUUACAUUGAGAUUCUUCCACAUGUUCAGAAGUCUGAACGACUUAUUUGCUUGAGCUUAGGGCAGAAGUGCAUUACAAUUCAAUAUAUCCAGAAGGAGGUAAAACUUUUACAUCCAUAAAUCCUUGCAUGAAUCUUUCUAGUUUUUC